UCAAGGCCGUCUGAUCACGUGGCUCAGCUUUUCCAUCUCCAAUCAUCAUCUAAACUCCACUCUCUGACCAAAACCCCAUCAACGUUGAUCAUCAUCAAAUUUUACUAGUUUUUUUUAGGUAUUAAUAAAUUAAUUAAAACCGUAAAUAAAUCUUUGCUAGUUAAAGGGAAUUGGGUAUUUAUAAAAUCAAAUUUGAUCAUAAUAGAUAAAUGAAAGGUGGAUUUUCAGCCCCUGGUGAUUAUAUCUACUUCAAGUCACAGGUCCCUCUUCACAAGAUCCCUAUCGGUGCAAAACAAUGGAGGUAUUAUGAUUUUGGUCCCAAAGUAGUGCCUCCACUGAUAUGUCUUCCUGGCACUGCUGGUACCGCAGAUGUCUAUUACAAACAAAUCAUGGCACUCUCGAUGAAGGGUUAUCGAGUGAUUUCUGUUGAUAUUCCUCGAGUAUGGAACAGUAACGAGUGGGUUCAAGCAUUUGAGAAGUUUUUGGAUGUUAUUGACGUCCACCAUAUUCAUCUUUAUGGCACGUCCCUUGGGGGAUUUUUAGCACUACUUUUUGCUCAACAUCGACCGCGGAGAGUAAAGUCAUUGGUUCUCUCAAAUGCUUUUUUGGAGACAAAAUAUUUUUCAGCUGCCAUGCCUUGGGCUCCUGUCGUUAGUUGGACCCCUUCUUUUCUGCUGAAACGUUAUGUUCUAACAGGAAUUCCCAAUGGUCCACAUGAACCAUUUAUUGCUGAUUCUGUUGACUUCGUUGUUGCUCAGGUUGAGACCCUAUCAAGGGAGGAUUUGGCUUCAAGGUUGACUUUAACAAGUGAUGCUGCAUCUGUUGGAUCUCUUCUGCUUUCAGAUUCUUUGAUCACUAUUAUCGAUACAAACGACAAAUGUGCAAUCCCUCAACAACUCAAAGAUGAAGUAAGUGAAAGAUUUCCUGGUGCAAGAAGAGCAUACAUUAAAAGUGGGGGCGAUUUUCCAUUUCUUUCACGCCCUGAUGAAAUUAAUCUCCAUCUUAAGUUACACCUGAGACGAGUUGGUGUAGAAGCUCGGGAAGACCUUGUUCCAGGAAUCCCGAAGGGUGGUGAUGGUGGCAGUGAUAGUGGUGCUGGUGGCUCUGGUGAACCAAAAGAUGAUAGAGAAGAUACCGAUGAUGCUCCAAACGGGGAAGGUUCAAACCCCGGUGAGUCUUCCAGCAAUGAGGAUCAGCCACCACUUGUUCCAGAAAGUAGCUAUUGUCACGGUCGAGACAAGCAGCCUCUGGGCGCCACCACCAAAUGUGACAGGCCUCUUCCCCCAGUCUGUCUUGAAGCAUUCUUGGAAAAAGUUGUCGAGACCACAAUAUUCUGGCAUUUCGUGCUUGAGUUCUUGGGUCUUUAUUACCAGUUUCCUGUUAACUUGUUAACUAUGUACAUCAACAAUAAGAAUCAUCUCAAGAUUCAGUUGUUCUUGUAAAGAUGACUUCUUUGUGUGUAAUAUAUUGUUUUGCCGUUGUUUUAUACAACCCUUUUCUAUUUUAAA